AUGGUGAGUGAGUCCGCGCCCCCCGCCUCGCCGCCAGACCCCAGCCCGCUCCGUCCUGGGGAGCCAUCCUGCGGCGGGAACGCGCGGUGGGGGACACCGGCUGCGGAGCGGUGCUCACAGAGGUUGCCCGUGAGCCCUCGGCUCUUCUCGCUGGGCCGGCCGGACCGCGUCUCCGCUUUCCUCCCGGCCCGGAGACUAGCUCCUCGAGGGCGGCGCGCUCCCUCCCGCCCGUCACCCGCCUUUGGGAGUGCUCAAUGCCCCACCCCUGACCGGCUCUCCGUCUUGUCCCGCAGGACCCUCCCGGACGGAACCGCGCCGCCGCAGACGCCCAGAGCCGCGCUUCGGGGCCGGCCUGAAGCGAGCUGCGCCGGGACCGCCGCUGUUGCCGGCGGGGGAUGGGGCUGCCCGGGAGGCUCGCCGAGCCCUCAAGGGGAGCGCAGAGCCCGCGCGCAGCCGGCGGCGGCGGCGGCGCCCAGCGCGGCCGUCACCUACGAGACGUGCUGGGGCUACUACGACGUGAGCGGCCAGUACGACAAGGAGUUCGAGUGUAACAACAGUGAGAGCGGCUACUUGUACUGCUGCGGCACCUGUUACUACCGCUUCUGCUGCAAGAAGCGCCACGAGAAGCUGGACCAAGGCCAGUGCACCAACUACCAGAGUCCGGUGUGGGUGCAGACGCCCAGCACCAAGGUGGUGUCUCCGGGGCCCGAGAACAAGUACGACCCGGAGAAGGACAAGACCAACUUCACCGUCUACAUCACCUGCGGAGUGAUCGCCUUCGUCAUUGUGGCCGGCGUCUUCGCCAAGGUCUCCUAUGACAAGGCCCACCGCCCUCCUCGGGAGAUGAACAUCCACAGGGCUCUGGCUGACAUCUUACGGCAACAAGGACCAAUCCCCAUAGCACACUGUGAAAGAGAAACCAUCUCGGCUAUCAAUACCUCUCCCAAAGAGAGCACGCCGGUCAGAUCAUCCUCCAAAAACCACUACACCCCUGUGCGUACGGCCAAGCAGACUCCAGGGCAUUAUGGGAAGGAGGCUUACCGAAGCGGAGGGCCUGAUCUCCACAACUUCAUCUCCUCUGGAUUUGUCACAUUAGGAAGAGGACACACGAAGGAGAAACCACGGAUGAACAACAUCCUGACAUCAGCCACUGAGCCCUAUGACCUUUCCUUCUCCCGCUCCUUCCAGAACUUGGCUCACCUGCCCCCCUCCUAUGAGUCUACAGUGAAGACCAACCCUAGCAAGUACUCAUCUCUGAAGAGACUAACGGACAAGGAAGCGGAUGAAUAUUACAUGCGGAGGAGGCACCUGCCGGACCUGGCCGCCCGGGGUACCCUCCCCCUCAAUGUCAUCCAGAUGUCACAGCAGCAGAAACCGCUGCCAAGGGAACGGCCCCGCCGGCCCAUCCGGGCCAUGUCGCAGGACAGGGUCCUGUCCCCGGAGCGGGGCCUGCCGGAUGAGUUCGGCAUGCCCUAUGACCGCAUCCUGUCCAAGGAGCAGCUACUGUCCACCGAACGCCUGCACUCCCAGGACCCGCUGCUGUCCCCGGAGCGGACGGCCUUCCCCGAGCAGUCCCUGUCUCGCGCCAUCUCGCACACAGACGUCUUUGUGUCCACGCCCGUGCUAGACCGCUACCGAAUGACCAAGAUGCACUCCCAUCCCAGUACCUCCAAUAACUCCUACGCCACCCUGGGGCAGAGCCAGACGGCGGCCAAACGCCAGGCCUUUGCCUCGCGCAGACACAACACCGUGGAACAGUUGCAUUACAUCCCGGGCCAUCACACCUGUUACACAGCCAGCAAGACCGAAGUGACCGUGUGA